GCAGGUGGUUAGCCCGUAACAAGUAGCAAGUAGCAAGUACAGGUUUCCGGGGAGUGCGUGCUCCCAGCUAACCGUAAGUGCUGUAGAUUGCCAGAACUGAGGCUUGGUCAAUGGAAUCGGCAAGGUGCUUCGUAGCCACGCAAGGGUCUGCGCCCCUUCAUGCCUCGAGCGCCUCCCUCCCAAGGGCCAAGGGCCCAAGGCGUGCGCCGGAAGGUGGUUGGCGACGGCCGUUUGGCGUCGAUCAAUCAAUCAGUCAGUCAAUCAAUAGAUCCACCCCCUUUAACGUAUAAAGAGAACCCCCUCGACCCACCUUUGCUCUCCUUUCCCCCCCCCAUCAUCAUCAUCUUCACCUUCACUACAACACCUCACCUCAAUCAUCACCACCCUCGUUCCAACCCAACAAACAACAACCCCCCAAACAACCUCAACAUGCAGACCAAGUUCAUCACCCUCGCCCUUUUCUCCGCCGCUUCCGUCUACGCAACCAACGUCCCCCGUCAGGACCUUGGUGAUGCGGCCAGCAUCGUCGGCUCUGUAGUCGGAGGGCAGAUCACCUCCGUGAUCGGAGAUGCGACGUCCAACAUCGGCUCGAUCGCGUCUGCUGCGACCGCAACCCUCGGCUCCGUCGGCUCGGGCAUCACCUCUGGCGUAGCCUCGCUCGCGACCGACGCCGCCUCCGGCAUCGAGUCGAACUGGGCCGGAGCCACCUCGAAGAUCGCUCACAUCGACGACAAGAUCGAGAGCAAGUACAGCUCUGUCGCAGGCUGGGGCUCGGUCUCGGCCGACCUGCACAACGCCAUCGCCUCUGGCACCUCUGGCGUCGCCGCUUUCUUCUCCACCCAGACCGCGCUCGCCUCUGCUGCCGCUAAGUCUAUCGAGUCCGACGCCGCCGCCGCGAUCAUCUCCGCCGUCCAGACCUCGACCGCCUCCGCUGGCGGCGCUGAGGCGUCUGCCUCCGGCAACGCCGCCCCCCGCAUGAUGGUCGGCUCCGUCAUGGGUGUCGUCGGUGUCGUUGCUGGUGUCGUUCUGUUGUAGAGUGUGGAUGUGGUCGAUAUCAAACGAGUCUGUAGCAUAACAGUGUAAUGUACGACGUGGAGGAUGGUGUUGGGCUUCUUUUCCUUUCUUUUUUUUGUGCU